GCGGCGGAGCGGCGGCGGCGGCGGCACUGGCGCAGGCACCGGCCCUGAGCGCCAUGCAGCGGGGCAGCUCCGAGAGGGAGCUGGCGGCCCGGUGGGAGGCGGCGGCGGCCGAAGCGCAGGCGGCGGAGCAGGUCCGCGUGGACGCGGGCGCGGCCGGGGAGCCGGAGCGCAAGGCGGGGCAGGAGCCGCCCGAGGACCCGGUCCCCGAGCAGCCCCGCGCGGCCGACGACGGGGACGCCCGCGGCCUGCCCCGGCCGCCGCCCGCGCGGCCCGGGUCCGAGCCGAAGGCGGCGCCCGCGCACGGCCUCUGCCGGCACGGGAAGCCCAGGAGCAAGGGCCGCAGCUGCAGGCGGAGCUGUCAGCGGCCCGUCACCGUGGACAGCUCCAAGGCCAGGACCUCCCUGGACGCCCUGAAGAUCAGCAUCCGCCAGCUCAAGUGGAAGGAGUUCCCAUUUGGCCGACGCUUGCCUUGUGACAUCUACUGGCAUGGAGUUUCGUUUCAUGACAAUGACAUAUUCUCUGGUCAAGUGAACAAGUUUCCAGGCAUGACGGAGAUGGUGCGUAAAAUUACUCUGAGCAGAGCAGUGAGAAUCAUGCAGAAUCUCUUUCCUGAGGAGUACAACUUCUACCCUCGCUCAUGGAUUCUGCCUGACGAGUUCCAGCUCUUUGUUGCUCAGGUUCGAAUGGUGAAAGAUGGUGACCCCUCCUGGAAGCCCACUUUUAUUGUGAAACCUGAUGGUGGUUGUCAGGGUGACGGAAUCUACCUCAUUAAGGACCCCAGUGACAUCCGCCUAGCAGGGACCCUCCAGAGCAGGCCGGCAGUGGUCCAGGAAUACAUCUGCAAACCUCUCCUUAUCGACAAGCUCAAGUUCGAUAUUCGUCUGUAUGUCUUACUAAAGUCCUUAGAUCCCCUAGAGAUUUAUAUAGCCAAAGAUGGACUCUCUAGAUUUUGUACUGAGCCAUAUCAGGAGCCCACCCCCAAAAACCUACACCACAUCUUUAUGCACUUAACCAACUACUCACUGAACAUCCACAGCGGUAACUUUGUCCAUUCGGACAGUACUAGCACAGGCAGCAAAAGGACUUUCUCGAGCAUUCUUUGUAGGUUGUCCUCCAAAGGUGUUGACAUCAAGAAGGUCUGGUCUGAUAUCAUCUCCUUGGUGAUUAAGACUGUCAUUGCCCUGACUCCAGAGCUCAAAGUUUUCUACCAGUCGGACAUCCCUGCAGGGAGGCCGGGGCCCACGUGCUUCCAGAUUUUAGGCUUUGACAUUCUUCUAAUGAAAAAUCUGAAGCCUAUACUACUUGAAGUAAAUGCAAAUCCCAGCAUGAGAAUCGAACAUGAACAAGAACUUUCUCCAGGGGUGUUUGAAAAUGUCCCCAGCCUCGUUGAUGAAGAAGUGAAAGUGGCUGUCAUCAGAGACACACUGCGCCUCAUGGACCCACUUAAGAAGAAAAGAGAGAAGCAGUCUCAGCAGCUUGAGAAGCCAUUAGCCACGAAGGAAGAUCCUUCCGACAGUGAGCUGGCCAGCGCCUCGGACGGCAACACCACUCCCGAAGCCCACCUGCCCUCCAUCUGCCUCAAGCAAGUGUUCCCCAAGUACGCAAAGCAGUUCAACUACCUGCGCCUGGUGGACAGGAUGGCAAACUUGUUUAUCCGGUUCCUGGGAAUCAAGGGGACAAUGAAGUUGGGACCAACAGGCUUCCGGACCUUCAUAAGGACCUGCAAGCUCAGCAGCAGCAGCUUGUCCAUGGCCGCCGUGGACAUCCUCUACAUGGACAUCACAAGGAGGUGGAGCGCCACGGCCCUGGACCAGCGAGGGUCAGGGAUGUGCCUGCAGGCCUUCGUAGAGGCUUUCUUCUACCUGGCUCAGAGGAAGUUCAAGAUGCUGCCACUCCACGAGCAGGUGGCCUCACUGAUCGACCUGUGUGAAUACCACCUGUCCCUGCUGGACGAAAAGCGUCUGGUGUGCGGCCGGAGUGGCACCUCGGGGGCCCGGCCCCCUUACAGUGGCACCCCCCAGGAGCCCACCCCCGCAGCCCAUCUGGCUGAGGGCAACCCCCCACCCUGCGCAGACGGUGCCCAGAAGCUCUCCCAUUCCAGACACGCUCUGUCCUGAGGGCACCUCUGUGCUCCCGGAAGAAGAGCGAGCCCUUCAGGGCUGAAGGGGCCCCCCCGGGGCUCCCUGCCUGGGAGAAAGAGCAGGCGGCCGGAACUCCCGCCUGAGAUUCCCUGUCAUCUCCUCCCUGUGCUGCUGAGCUGCGCUUUGAAAGGCUGAUGCUCUCCUGCCUUCCUCCCGGCGCCUUUUGGUGCUCCACUUGCUUGCACGUCAUCAGUGGACAUACGACAUCCAAACGUGACAGAUGGCAUCUUCUAUUCUGGGCUCACAGGAAGCAACAAUGGGGGUAAAGCUGUUGCAUUUGGGGCACGGGACACCAGCAACCCCAAGACUGAGAGCUGUGGAGAAGAAAGAGCUGGAGGGGGCCCAAGUCCCGGGUCCGCCGGGGCCUCCGAGAGAAUGCUGGUUAACGCCCGAGAACAGCGUGUGUACUUCCUACCACCCCUUCUGUGACAAUGGAGUGGAAAUAUCGAGUAGGCAGACGCGAGUCUCCCAUCCCGAUCAUGUGCUACACAGGUGUAGUUACAGAUUAGCCUCAUUUCCUUCAUUGCUUGCCUGUUGCUGCAAUGUUUGGUUUGUUAUUAAUUAAGAAAUAAUUAACUCAGAAGUAACUAAGUAGGACUCAUAGAGUCUUGGAGCUGGCAGGAGCCUCAGAGGUCGUUUUGUCUGAUUUUGUUUGACCUUGACCCCAAAGCAGGAGUCAGUCCCACUGUCAUGUGACCUCUGAUUGGAGCCCUC